ACAUCAGAGCGCCGGCCUUCAUAAACGGGGGGGAGCGGAGAGUUCUGCGGCACCGCGCUCCAGAGAGCCCCGUUCCUCCUGCGCCUUCCUCCUCCUCCUGUUCCUGCUCCUCCUGCUGCUGCUCUUCGAAUCGAUGGCGGACUUCACUGCUGACCAGCUGGAAGACUUCAAAGAGGCCUUUGGCCUCUUUGACAGGGUUGGAGACAACAAGGUGGCCUACAACCAAGUGGCUGACAUCAUGCGUGCCCUUGGACAGAACCCUACCAACAAGGAUGUUAACAAAAUCCUGGGUGACCCCAGCGCAGAGGACAUGGCCAACAAGAGGAUUGACUUUGAUGCUUUCCUGCCCAUGCUGAAGACAGUACAUGCCCUUCAAAAGGGAACCUAUGAUGACUAUGUUGAGGGUCUGCGCGUCUUCGACAAGGAGGGCAACGGCACAGUGAUGGGUGCUGAGUUGCGCAUCGUACUCUCAACACUCGGUGAGAAGAUGAAUGAAAGAGAGGUCGACACCCUCAUGCAGGGGCAGGAAGACGAGAAUGGCUGCGUCAACUACGAGUCUUUCGUCAAGGCCAUCAUGUCUGUGUAAGACAUUUCCAUCUAGACUGGUGUGGACGCUGAGAUGUAUCUGCAGACCCCAUGGUGUCAAGACAUCCACGCUCUAUUUUUAAGACCAACUACAGAAUAAAAGGGACUAUAGGAUGUCUUUUGUAAACCUUCCUCAUCUUUUCAUACUAAAUUAUUUUUCUCUCUCUGGAAGUCGUCUCUCUGCAACAAAACCUCAAUUCCUCCCACAAACUCCCUUCUUUGAGGCGCCUGGUCACAGGGGGUGGGACUGAGGGAAGUGGGGGUGUUGACCACUCAUCAAGUGAGGGCCCACCCUCUCUGCCUUGCCCACCUUGGCCACUCACACAAUGGCCAGCGAUGCUUAAGGCACUCGUGCUUGAAGCUGUGGACCGGUUGAGGAAACUCAUGCCCUUCCCUGGAAGUCUUCAUUUAUUUUCACUCUGGCAUUUCACAAAAUAAAAUCCUCAAAAGGUACA